UCGUAAACAAGUGGGCAAUCAUUUGAUACAGAAAUAUCGAGUUAUUUUCGUUCAACUAUUUUCGCAAUCCCGCUAUGAGUUUGAAGAAUUCGCUUUACAUAAUAUCUGCGAUCAUUCUGGUAACACGCGCGGAAGUGGCCAAAGAUGAUGUGGAUAAGGUAAUAGAAGAUGAGAUAACACACAAACUUGGCAAUGACCUGGUCCAGAGCAUUGAAAGAAAGUUCCAGGUGGAUUUAGAAAGAGCUGUAGAUAUGGUGUUAAUAAAAAUAAGACUUCUGCUGCAUAAUGGCACACAGCACAUACAAGAGAAGUUGCUCCAGCUUCAAAGCGUGAUGGAUAUGAUCAGAAGUCAUGGAGAUGAGGAGGUGGAAAAAUGCCUGGUUGAUAAACAAAACGACACAUCCGCCUUAGCCGAGAAAGCUCUUCAUCAGAUGGUAAUUUGUGGCUAUGCCUUGAUCGGUCAGGAUCCUUCUAAGGCGAUCAGAACUGUUACCAAUCUGAAGAGUAUGAUCAGAGAUGGAAUUAAGCCGAUAAAUGAACAAAAGAGUGAGAUUUACGAUUUGUUGAGAGCGUGUGGACACGAUCACGACUCUCUGAAGAAGGUUAUUAAAUGCGUCAUAUCCAAGUCACCCCUCAUGAAGUCAACCAUGAUGGAGAUAUCCGGGAAACUCAUUGAUGGUGUGGUGGAUUUGACUAAACAAAUGGCGCAUGGCGCGAUGCAUGAAGCUUGCCUCAUAGAAGUCAUAAAAUCUAUUGAAGAUGAAGCAUUUGAUGUGAUUGAAAGUGUUAAGAAAUGCGCUUUUAAAAAUAUAAGCUUUAUUGAAUUAGAUAAUUUUAUCGCAGAAAACAACGCCACUGUAUUGGAUAUUGAAAAUAGAAAGGGCAAUACAAGCGAAGUGGAAAGCUUAUUGAGGAGAGUGUUAGAGAAAGAUAAUGCCAAUAAUAUCGACACACUCAAAGUAAAACUCAAAGAACUGCACAAUGAUAUAGGUGGUAUCAAUAAUUUUGUGUUUGAUGAUAAUAAAAAAGAAUAAUUUGAAUUAGAA